AUGUCAAAGUCAACCGUCCCGAUUCGUAGAAAGCCGUGAGUUUUGACCGCUGACGUUCUGUGUGUUUUCACACUCAAAACCUCUCAUUAGUGUGUUCCUUUAGUUCGUGCGUCGUCCAAAUCAAAAAUGGGUGUCUUAAAAACCUGUCUCUUAUUCACCCUCGUCUGUCUCGUCGCCGCCGAUAACGGUGACGUGCCUCCUGGCCCACCUUUACCUCUCAAUAGCACAGAAAGUCCAACAUCCUCAUCAACACCCAGCACCUCCACCUCCAGUACCACAGCGAAACCCACAACCACUUCUACUACUCCAACAACAACCACCACCACCACAACCACAACCACCACCCCCAAACCCACCACCACUACCACCAAAUCCACGACCACCUCUACCACCCCCAAACCCACCACCUCCACCACUAAACCCACAACCACGUCCACCGCUAAACCCACAACCCCGGCCCCGGUGAACCCAGUCGGUAAAUGGGUCGUCAACGACACCACAACUAAGAAGACCUGCCUCAUUCUGGAAGCCGAACUCAACAUCGACCUCUACUACAAAGUCGGCAACGCCACCAAGAACAUAACAGUCCAGGUGCCAUCGACCGCGGACGCCAGCGGCCUCUGCGGGAACCUCACCGAAAACAUAACCCUCUCGUUGGGUAUUCCCAAUGCCGUCAAUUUCAACUUCAAAAAGAACAACGAUACGAAGAAGUACGACGUGGAGACGGUGAUCGUGAUGUUGAACGUGACCCUGCCGGGAGACAAAGAUAGCCGAAUUUUCACGUUUUCACAUAAUAAGAAGGAAUUUUCGACGCCGGUGAGCAAUUCGUACAAGUGUGCUAAGGAGCAGAAGUUGAAUAUGACGGCUUCUGGGGCGGAACAGGACUAUUAUGGGAUGCUGCGAGUGAGUCACCUCCAGGUUCAGGCGUUCCGGGAUUCGAACAGUACGAAAUUUGACGAGGCCUUGGACUGCGCAAGCUCCGAAACCCCCGACGUGGUGCCAAUCGCGGUAGGCUGCGCCCUCGCCGCCCUGGUCAUCAUCGUCCUAAUCGCCUACUUGAUCGGAAGAAGAAGAUCGCAAGCUCGCGGUUAUCUCUCCAUGUUCGCGCAAAAUAAAAGAGAAGAGGAUUACAUCCCGAUGAAAAAUUUAUCGUGCUUUAACUAAAAAAGAAAACGCUUAUUAUUGUUAAUGUAAGUGCUCGGAAACGACGAGCAAACUGUUGCGAAAGAGUGAUAUUAUUUGGAUUCGUCCUGUAGUCUUUUAGUUCUCAAUUUUGAUACGAAAUGUGAUUCUAUUGAAAUAUUGUGAUACUAGGGUUAAAUUUAUUUAUUAUUUCACUAGAAUCUAGUCGAGUGAAUGUGACAUGUAUUUAACUCGUCCAUCUGAUGAAUAUGUGCACAUUUAUUCAGUAUUAGAGGUAGGACCCAUUUAUACAGUUAAUAUUUUACACAGUAGAUGCACGCUUAUUACCGUGUUUCAUCAGUUUGACUUUUGUAUUUUGUUCGAUUAUUCAUUAAAAUGUUGUUCGUUUAUUUUGGGAUUGAUUUUUUCAAUACCUUACUUAAGCCGUCGCCUACGUCGGACGACAAAAAGCCUAGAAACGCACACCAAAUACUUACAUUAUUAUUAUUAUCGUUACUUAGUUUUACACAUCACUCUUAACACAGUUUCGACAAAUACUGUAACGGCGGCGGGAGGUAUUUAUAAUUUUAAAAAAUACUUAAUUAUUUCCAACAGCUUUAAAAAAGUGAUAACGAAUAAUGACCAACCACUGUGGAAACAAAAUGAACGAGAAUAAGAGAGUAAAAAAAUGGAGAAAGUGUUAUACUAAAUUAAAGAGAAUUUGAAUUGGCUUAUGAAAAAAGAAAAAAAUGUCAAUGGCAUUAGUUGGUAAUCUCCAGGCCAAGAAUCCUAAAUCAAGCACCACAUUCGAUUGGUGGAUCGGAUGGAUACCUUUUGAUGUGACUGAUGUUAGUUUUUGUUCGAAGGAGCAAAAAUUUUGAAACUUUGGAACAGUAUACAAAUUAAUGUAAUAAAUUCAUUUUUUGUAAAUUUCUUGAAUGUAUGAUAUCACCAAUUCCAAGCUGGCAACUGCAGCAUAAAACCGUGCCAUAAAGCAUAUCAACAAAUUUUUUUGUUCUAAUGUGUAUUCAAAAUAUUGAGGUUGUGUUCGUUACCGUCCAAGUAGUUCCAAUUUAACCCAACGAUGGCGCCACCGCAGAUUUUAAAAUUUUUGACAGCCUGAUUCACUGAGGUUGAAAAUCCAGUAUUGUAGAUAAACAUUCACAUGAGAACGCCAACUCGAGUGCUUCAGAAAGAAUUCGAACCUUAAUUCCGACAAAAAUUUUUAUAGUUAUAGAUCGACUUAAAGACAGACAUUCCGCAAUUAUUGUCCUCACCAAGUGAGUAAAGUAAAACCCGUCCCUUUGAUUUUCGCGAUCAGUUGAUUUUGGAGUUGAAGAAAUAAUUGUGGAGAGAUUUUAUAAAUUUUGGCUUUUGUUGGACUUCUUUUGGGAAUCUAGCAGUUUGUACGAAGAAUUUUACACGCCUGUCAAAAUCUAUCGGGGACAUAUCAAAAACGUGAUCGACAAAGACAUCCGUUUAGAUCCUUAUGUUUUUCCAGCUGGAUGCGACGUCGUCAUCCCUAUAGGCCAACUCCACAACGACCCGAAAGUCUGGCCUGAACCUAAAAAAAUUCAACCCUGAGAGAUUCGCACCAGGGGAAAGUGCCAAGAGGCUCUUUCAUCCCUUUCAGUUUCGGGGUUAGGAAUUACAUAGGUUUCAAGUAUGGAAUGAUGUCUGCGAAGUAUAUUCUAGCGAGUAUUUUGAGGGAGUUUAAGGUGAGAAGUGUGGGUUUAGAGACGCUGGAUGAUAUCGAGUGGGAAUUUAUUGUGGUUUUGAAACCCAAGAAUAGUCGGCUGGUUUUUGAAAAAAGAACGCAUUGAGGGAGUUUAUAAAUGUUUUAUGUAAUGUAAAGCGAUUAAAUUUUAUCUAAGUAUA